AUGUCCGCAACAGCACCAGCAGUGGUCCCACCAAACAUUAUGGUCCUGGUAUCCCCCGUCAAAGGACAAGAAGACCGCGUUGCCGAAUUGAUCGAACAAGUUUCACAAGCCGUCAAAACCCACGAGCCCUGGAUCAGGUAUUAUCGCUGGUACGCCGUCCGUGAAGUCGAAAGUGAUCCGGACGAACAUGAUCGCGAGCGUGGGCAUGGUGGUGUAACGGAAUUUUAUGUCGUUUUUCGACUCGACGACCCGACCAAACUCAUCAGUCGCCGCGACCUGCCUCACCACCAGGAAAUCGCCAGGGUGAUCCGCGAGGAGAAUCUGCUGCGUUCGCCGCUCCAGUAUUUGAAGCUCGAGGACCGAGGGUUCUGGACUCGUGAGGGAAAUUGA